UUGUAAACUGUACCUGUAUACUGCCUGUACCUAGGUAGUUCGGUGGUUCGGCUUGCAGCGGUAGUGGCGGGGCCCAUCUCCCCCGCUACCCCACAUUGGACCCCAAUAUAUAAGCACCUAGCAGUAGUGAUCUGGAAGUAGUACCUUUGGUAUGCGGUUCAGAGCAUCUCAGAGGCGCCGACGGCGGUCACCGGACCCAGAUAAGAGCAGUGUCUUGUCCCGUUCCCGCUCGUCCUUUGCUGCCGAUACCUGACACCCAUAAAUCACACUACGGUUGGUUGGUUAGCCACCUGGGCAGAGUGUGAGGUCCUCCAUCAUGCAUCGUCUUGCUAGGACAAGAACCCUCGUGAGAGCUGGUCGGACACCGGCCCGUCUCUACUACUCUUACUCCUCUUCCUCUUCAUUACCAUCUUACUCUUUGUCCUACUCUCCCUCUUCCUCUCUACGAACACCCUCCACAUUUGCCACAGCGAGAAUGGCUCCCACAACUGCUGCCUCCGGGCGGUUAGCCGUUGCGGCCAAGCACCUUCGUCCCAUGAGUGCGCUGGCAUCAACUGCUACCAGCUAUCCUACAACUCAUGAGAAGAUUGAAUCCCCUGAGGACACACCUUACUUUAUAGAUAACAAGUUCGUGCCCAGCGAGACCAAAGAGUUCAUCGAACUUCAUGACCCAGCCACCAACAACCUCGUCACGCGUGUGCCUCAGAUGACUGAUGCUGAGCUGGAGGCGGCUGUCCAGAGCGCUAAGAAGGCCUUCCCCGCCUGGCGCAACACCAGCAUCAUGGCUCGCCAGCAGAUCAUGUUCAAGUUUGUAAAUCUUAUUCGCGAGAACUGGGAUCGGCUAGCGGCUAGCAUUACACUAGAACAAGGCAAGACAUUUGCCGAUGCUAGGGGUGACGUUCUGCGUGGUCUUCAGGUUGCUGAAGCGGCUUGUGGCGCCCCAGAGUUCCUGAAGGGCGAGGUACUCGAGGUUGCCAAAGAUAUGGAGACUCGGUCGUACAAGGAGCCAUUGGGAGUUGUCGCUGCAAUCUGCCCCUUCAACUUCCCCGCCAUGAUUCCUCUCUGGUGUAUUCCCAUUGCUACAGUGACCGGUAACACCCUUGUUCUGAAGCCCUCUGAACGAGAUCCAGGUGCUGCUAUGAUCCUUGUAGAGUUGGCUAAGAAAGCCGGCUUCCCAGAUGGUGUUAUCAAUGUUGUCCACGGUGCCCACCGCGCCGUAAACUUCUUGCUAGAUGCGCCAGAUAUCAAGGCUAUCAGCUUUGUUGGCGGUAACAAGGCAGGCGAGUACAUUUUCAGCAGAGGAUCAGCCAAUGGUAAACGAGUGCAGGCCAAUUUGGGCGCCAAGAACCACGCGGCUGUCCUCCCAGAUUGUAACAAGAACCAGUUCAUCAAUGCAGUCGUCGGUGCUGCGUUUGGUGCUGCUGGUCAACGUUGCAUGGCCCUGAGCACCCUCGUGAUGGUUGGUGAGACAAAGGAGUGGUUAACUGACCUGGCGGAGAGUGCAAAGAAGCUUCAGGUUAAUGGCGGAUUUGAAGAAGGUGCUGAUCUUGGCCCAGUUAUUUCAACUUAUAGCAAGGACCGGAUUGAGUCGAUAAUUGCGAGUGCCGAGAAGGAGGGUGCCACUAUCUUGUUGGAUGGCCGUGGCUUCAAGCCUGAAAAGUACCCCAACGGCAACUGGAUCGCGCCAACGAUCAUCACCAACGUGACGACAGAUAUGACAUGCUACAAGGAGGAGAUCUUUGGUCCUGUGCUAGUCUGUCUCAGCGUGGACACACUCGACGAAGCUAUCGAAGUGAUUAACAAGAACGACUAUGGCAAUGGCACGGCUAUCUUCACGAGGUCAGGUCCCACCGCGGAGACGUUCAGGAGAAAUAUCGAGGCAGGACAGGUCGGUAUAAAUGUUCCUAUCCCUGUGCCGCUUCCCAUGUUCUCGUUCACGGGCAACAAGAAGAGUAUCGCUGGUGGUGGUGCCAGCACCUUCUAUGGCAGGCCAGGAGUCAACUUCUACACACAACAAAAGACGGUCACGGCUUUAUGGUCAAGUGCGGACGCCAUCUCUAAGAAAGCAGAUGUGGCGAUGCCUACGCAUAGCUAGUUAGAAAAUGCUAUGAAACUGUGGUGUUAGACUUUUGUUACUCUGAUACAGAUAGGUUGGUAAUGUAUAUAAUUAAAUGCUACCCAACGGCUUAGCCAUCCUUGUGAGCUUUUAUGUGAACUAAGACGACGAUAAGUGUCUACAUAUGUUUUUUUGCGGCGCU